AUGAACCAGAAUUCACUCUGUUGUUCCAAGGGUUUUACCAUGUUUGCAGGUGGUGCCUUUUUCCUAGUUUCAUUUAAGCCGGAAACUGUUAUAACGAAUCCACUGCUGUUACGGCCGCUGUUGAAUGUGAGCUGGGGGUAUAUAUUUGGAUCCCAUCUAUGGGCAGCAAUAUCUACCUAUAACAAAAAAUAUUGGGAAAACCGGAUAAUUCCUGAUUAUGCUAAUUCACCAUCACGGGAGAUUAUGCAAAGCAGACUUAAGAUUAACGAAUCGCGCAUUUAUCGUAUAUACCUAGAGAAUCUAAUCCAAACAAACGUUUUAGCGAAUGGGAUAUUAUUAGUUACAACAAGCGCAUUGGCGCCUUCAAACAAAUUUCUAAGGAUUUGCUCGGGAGCAGCACUGCUUUUAUCCAUAGGAAAUGUAGUAUUUGCGUUGCCUGAAGACGAAAAGGAUGAUGAUGUGGGAGUUGUAAAGACAUCUUCUACUUCAUGUUUCCUGUCUGAAGUACUCUCUUUUUGCACAUUCGGCGCCAUAGUCCCUUAUGUAUUUGCAUAG